AUGUAUCUUCGGUUCCUCGGGUUCGGUUCGGUUAGAGCUCGAGGUGGAGAUCCCAAUAGACCUGUCGGGUGUGUGUUUGCUGCGGAUUGUCGAAAUAUAGUCACUCCACCGAUCCCAUCAAGUUAUUUUGGUAAUUGCGCCAUUGGUACUGGUAGAAUGUCAUUAACUGCAGAUACGUUUAUGGGUGAAGAAGGGUUUUUGGCUUCUACAAGGUUGGUGAGCGAAUUGGUUGAGGGACUGGACGAGGGUGUGGUGUGGAAGAUCCCAGAUUUUGUUGAGUUAUCUAGAAGUCUUCCAAAAGGAGCACAGUUUCUAUCUGUUUCGGGUUCGACCCGGUUUGGAGUAUACGGGUUGGAUUUCGGAUGGGGCAGACUGGAGAAAGUGGUAGUUGUGUCCAUUGAUCAAGGCGAAGCGAUUUCCUUGGCGGAGAGUAGAGAUGGAAAUGGCGGUGUGGAGGUUGGCUUCUCUCUCAAGAAACAUGAAAUGGAUGCUCUCAUUGAUUUGCUCCAUAACGGACUAAAAGUUUGA